AUGGCCUUCGGCCGUGUCGUUCUUCUGUGGAUUCAUAUUUCUCUAUCACUGGCAUCCCGCGGCGAUGAGCCAGCUGAAGCUGUGACUUCUCAAUCUGAGAGCUCCAAGAUUUGGGGUGCCUUCUCAGCGACGCAUGACUGGCUCCACGUGACCGGUCCAUCACCCAUGGUGACCGUGAUGUCGCAGCGCGGUCAGCUCUGCACCAUCUGCAUCUUCGGCCUGGCCACCUUUGCCAUGCUGCGGCAGAUCUAUUCCGCCUACCAAACCUUGAUGCAGGGCAUUCAGCAGGUCUCCAAGAUCCAAGAGGAGGCCCCAGUCCAGAUGAGCCCGGCAUCUUUCGUGGCUGCUGCGAAUGAGGCAGGUGAUCCCCAAGUUAUCCCCUGUGGCAAUGGGAAAAUGGUGAUCAACUUGGAGAUCUUGGGAUGUUGGGGAGUCUAUUUUGAAACAAACCCAUGUGAUCAUGUGAUCCAUGUGGCCAAAUUGUGGGGCCCCGGGAUUUUUGUUUGGUCUUUUGGUUCAUACUUGAUCAUACUUGUGGAUGAGUAG